UUGUGCCACUGAUGCUCUCUGUGUUCCACAAGAGUAGCUUUCCAGUCCGUGCGGACAAUUCAGAGUGACAAACCUUAUCCCAGAGAGUUUGGCCGCGGAAAUUAAUCCCUUGCUUUCUGCUUUGCGAACACUACUUGUCAUAUCUUUGCUCUUACCGUUUCUUCUGGAAGUGUUAUUUUCACGUUUUUCAUAGUGAAUGUGAAAAAAAAAACUUCGAAACAAUCAGCCCAUUUUGUGCCAUCAAAGAUUUAUUCUCACGCAAAUGAGGUUCGCCGAAGUUCAUAGCAAUUUUGUAAAUAAACGUAUUACAUUUAUAGCUACUCCUGGCAUUAUGGAAUCGGAAAACCACACCACCAUGAACACGUGCAAGAGGAGCCACACUUUCUGAGGUGGACGAAUAAUUAUUCAAAGAAGCCUUUCAUUCAUUUCUCACUCGUUUUUCUGAAUGGCCAUCAUGAGUAUUCAACCAGUACAUCUUACUCCAGUGCCUGUAAGAUGCAGAAGCAACUUCUUGAUCAAGACACUACUUCUCAUUACUGCUUUUGCUAUUUGUUUUUAUUUGUAUUUUUGUAGAACUUACAACUGGAUGAGCCUAAUGGACCCAGCUAAAAAUCAAUUCAGAGAGAUGUCUGUGGAUGACAUAAUGCGUUCGGUAUGGGACGAUCUCCCAUCAGACGGCAACUUCAGCUCUAUUGAAAGCUCUUCCAGUGGCCAGCACAGUGUGGUCAACCUGGAGCAGCCCGGAGCCCAGUACUGUGUGGGGGACAGCUUAAUCGUGCUGGUGAACAUGAAGGACCACAGGGGGAACCCAAAGGUGCAUGGAGGCGACUUCAUCCUGGCCCGAAUCCACUCUCCCAAUCUCCAGGCUUCUGCAUCAGGAGAAGUUACUGACCUGCUCGAUGGCUCCUACCGGGUGCGUUUCCGCCUGUUCUGGCCUGGAGACGUACUGGUGUCUGUGCUUCUCAUGCACUCCUCAGAGGCUGUCGGGAUCCUCAGGAGAAUCAGUGCGCACAACUACGAUAAGAUCAUAUACACCGGAACCUUCUACAGUGGGAACAAAACUGAGCAAUCUCAGUGCGGCAUCCGGCUGAAAACAGACAAGCCUCUCUGCGAGUACAGGAAGAAGGAAGACGCGGAGUACUACGCCUGCGUCCGACCCAAAACCCUUCCCUGCAGCACCCUGAGGACCAUGCGGUCCAGAAAUGGCCCAAUUUCUAACAUGACCAGGGAUGAGCGUUUGCUCCUGGGCCGGAAAUACACUGGGAUAAAAAUGAAAGGCAGCUUUGGCCCUGUGAAAGUCAUCAGUUGUCCUGCAGGGACCCACAGACCGACUGAAAAGUGUGUGGCAGGGUUUGGAAUGACGUCCCCUUCACCGAGCGGCUACUUCUUUAAAAACAGAUGGUCUUCCACCUCUUGCCAGACGGGCAACUUCUUCAGUGCGGACGCCAUCAGCAGAUGUCUGAAGGGAAGGAACCUGAAACUCAUGGGAGACUCCACUGUGCGCCAGUGGCAAGAGACACUCAUUAGAGUGCUAAAAGGUCUGAAAUAUGUAAAACCAUAUAAUACUCAUUACUCUGUGCUGGCUGCGGACCCACAAAGGAACAUCACUGUCCAGUGGAAGAUGCACGGGCAUCCUUUCGUCACUGGCUACAACGUGGUCAAAGAUGCCGUGGGGUACGUUUCCAGAGAAGCAGACAGAGUAGAGGUUAGCGACGUGGUGGUCAUUGGAGUGGGACAGCAUUUUAGGCCCUUCCCCCUGGAGAUCUUCGUCCAGAGGCUGAUCAACAUGCGUAAGGCCAUCCUGAGACUCCAUGAACGCAGCCCCCAGACCCUCGUCGUCAUCAAGCUGGAGAACACCAGGGAGUUUCGCUCAGAGAUGACCCACAUGAGUGACUGGUUUGGCCUUGUGCAGAACCUGGCUCAGAGAAAGGUGUUCAGGGACCUGAAGGUGGUGCUGGUAGACGCCUGGGACAUGACAACAGCCGCCAACACCUUCGCCAUCCACCCUAACAGCAUGAUUGUUUCCAAUGAGAUAGCCUUAGCUCUGUCACACCUCUGUCAUGAUGCAUAGAGGCUCUUUCUGAAAGGAACUAUAUAGCAGGGGUUUCUAACUCCAUUUCCUGUAGAGACUGUGUUUAAAGCACACUCAGGGGGGCUUGUGUUACUAGGUUUGUUUUACAGUACACUUGGGGCUUUGCCAUUUUUUAAUUGUGCCUCUCAUAUUAACAGUAGGCAUUUGAUACUGGGGUGGGAUUUCAGUGUGUAUUAAUGAUUAUAGGAUAACUAAUUUAAUUAAAAAAUAUAUUUAAUGUCAGUCCCAAGGGUGGCUAACAAGAGGUUUCUAACUCCAUUUCUCUAGAGACUGUGUUUAAAGCACCCUCAGGGGCUUGUGUUACUGUGAACUUGGGGCUUUGUAAUUUUAAGGAAUCCGUGCUCCCGCUUUGUUUUGCUUUCUCCACUGUCACCUGGCCCGUGCCGGGCUGCAAGUACCCGUGCUGAUUUUAGCUCCUGCUGUGGGGUAGGUGCCAAAGGUCCUAUCCAUGCUGCAAUUCGACACUGUAGACCGUUGAUUGGUGAAUGGAAAUCGUCACAAAUACCUCAUCCCAUGUUCACGUUUGUUCACUGGCAGUAUUUUUUAAAUUAAAAAAAAAAUUUUCUUUUAAUUUUUAAAUACCACAACAGCAAAUAGCACAACAGCAAGAGAGAGUAAUGUUAACUAGCAAAUUCUACAGUCAAUAUCUGGGAUUAAAUAAAUAUACAACCUUACCAUUGGUUUUACGUGUAGAGAUGUCCCUUUUGAGGCUGAGUGGUCAUAUAUUGUCUUGCACAAUCCGUUUGUGAAAUAUAUGCGUAUUUGUGAUGCCUGGGUACCUUCCAAAAUAGCUGUGCGUAAUACCACACGUGUUAUUUACGGCAUUGUCACCCUUUUUAGUACAGUCUGGAUUAAUUGACAAUUCAUUUAUUCAGUAGGUGAGAGUAUAAGCUUUCUAACGAUGUAUAAAAUAUCUAAUUUUGCUUUUGGAAUAGUGUUUUUUAGGUCAGCGUAACCAAAGAUUUUCUUAUCAUCGCAUUCACUUACGCAUUCACUCUGUCUUAGCAGAAAAAGACGCUGCACAUAACAAAAUGUUGUCAAGGAUUUUCUUGGAAAAUACUAUUAUUAUUGAGGACUUCUGGGCAUAGCUAAGCCAAAUGUUUGCUGAUAGACCUAUCUGACCUCGUUUUCUGGAGCAAAACAUAAGUGGAUAGAACUGUCAUUGAUUUACUGUCUCUGUCUCCAUCUACUGAACACCAAUAAAAUGUCAUCAUUGCUA